AUGAACUCAAGCGAUAUCGAUUGGGAGUUAGAAGAAGGGAUACCCCAGGUUGACGACCCUUUCAUUCAACAGUACCUGAAGGGCCGUACCUCCCUCGUAUUGGAGGAGCAAAAGCAGCGAUAUGACACCAAUCUUCGCAAGGCCUUGUCGCCAGUAGCUACGAAGGCUUGCGACAUCGUUUCUAAGAUACGCGCCCGCGAUCUGACAAUUUUAGGGCUGAACGAGGGAAAUCCCCGCCAGUUAAACCCUACCCCUCAGACGAGUCACAUACCCCAACUUAACAGGGAUGAGGUGCAGAAAACCGACCUAUGGAGAAUCUUACAGAAGAUGCCGAAGGGGUCACUGUUACAUGCGCACAUGGAGACCAUGUUGGAUAUCGACUUUGUAAUAGAGGAGGCCUUCAAAACACCGGGCAUCCACAUAUAUGCCCCCAAGCCUUUGACUACUCAACGGGACUACGAAGAAGGGAUUUUCUACUUCCAAUACUCACCAUCGGUACAACACUUGGAAAACAAGCCAGUGUUAUGGGACCCCGGCUACGAGCCAUCUAGCCUAAUCAGCUUACAAGAGGCGGCGUCAUCGUUUCCUGAUGGCGAAGAAGCUGGGUUUCAUGUUUGGCUGAAGAAGCGAUGUAUUUUCCCUUCAGCGCAUUCAUAUCACCAUGGAUUCGAUAAUAUAUUGAAUGCCUAUAAGACUUUAUCAUCUGUUGUUAACUCUCUUUUAAGCUACGAGCCCAUCUUCCGCUCAUGCCUUCGUCGGAUGUUUUCGCAAAUUGCUGCCGACGGCAUAAGCUAUGUGGAACUUAGGAAUUCUUUUACGUUCCCAUACAGACAGGAAGGAAGCUCUGCUCCCGAAGAAGACUAUUCUGCAUGGUGUCAUGCAUUUCAGGAGGAACUUGAAAGUUUCAAAGGCACCGAAGAAGGGAAGACGAUAUGUGGAGCACGCAUCAUCUGGACGACGUCACGGACACAGUCAAACAGAGAAAUAUCUGGUAGCAUGAUAAACUGUAUCCUGGCGAAGCAGGACUUUCCAGAGGUGAUCUGUGGAUUCGAUGUGAUAGGGCAAGGAGAUGAUGCUAGAUCGCUUGUCGACCUCGUCCCCAUUCUGUUCUGGUUCCGAAAACAAUGCGCUGAAGAAGGGGUGGAUAUCCCUUUCCUUUUCCAUACCGGUGAAAAUGGAUGUGAUGAUAAACAGGCUGAACAUGACCUAUUUGAUGCGAUUCUACUUGGCGCUAGGAGGCUAGGUCCUGGAGAGUCGCUUUAUAAGCAUCCCUUGCUCCUGGAGCUGAUCAAGGAAAAAAAGAUCCUUGUCGAGUGCUGCCCUAUUGUGAAGGGUAUCAAUAGUCGAACGAAUUUUACUCAAGUUGAUCCGCUUUCCGUUCUGUUAUCCCGGGGCAUCUCUGUUUCUCUUAGCAGCUACCUUCCAGACCUUUCCGAGAGUGGAUUGAAUAGCUUAACGUUUGGGUUUUGGCAGGCACUUCAGGGCCCCGAUAACCUUGAGCUUCCGGGCCUUGCGAUGAUGGUCGAGAAUUCAAUCCGGUGGAGCUGCUAUGAAGACCAGCCACCAGUCGAAUGGCUGUCGGAUAUUCGAGAGGGAAUCCUAGGUGAAGGCACAAAGGCCGCCCGUUUACGGGACUGGUAUGCUUGCUUCGAGAAAUUUUGCGAGUGGAUAACACUGGAAUUCGCUGAAGUGGAUAUAUCUUAG